GCUCUGAUCCAGCCCAAAGUUCCAAACUACGAAGAACCAUACAACCUCCAAUAGCAACGGCUACGACGCUGCAAAGGGUUUUUAGUAGCCAAAAACCCUACUUCUAUCCCCAAACAUUUCCGUUCCCUAAAAUGGCCACCGCCGCCGCCAGAUCCAUCUUCCGGUCAUCCUCCGCAGCCCGCUGCGCCUUCCGCGCCGCGGCGGAAGCCAAAUCCUCUCGCUCAACGUUCUUCCGCAUGGCCUCCAAUAAACCUCUCUCCCAAUCCACUCGCAGGAUCCCUGUUGAAUUGAGUUUCUGUGUGGAAUCGAUGAUGCCGCUCCACACUGCCACCGCCUCCGCUCUUAUGAAUUCAAUGCUCGCAAUUUCUCGCCACAGAUGCGGUUGGAUUCCUGAAGGUAGCUAAGCAUCUCUAGGAUACCUUGAUGUUCUUUCUCCAAUUAGUUUUCUGAUUGCAAUGAUGAUAUGUGAUAAGUGUUCGGAGGAUUGAAGCGAACUUGUAUUACAAAUCUGUCAUGUGAGACUAUCUGCUGAGAAAAUCAGGAGUUUUGACUGAGCCAUUUGGAAGGGCAUCUUGUGUCCCAAUAAGGAAUUUAGGCCUAUUGUUAAUUUACUUUCUCAAAUAUAAGUUGAGAUAUUUUUGCAUAAAGCUUUAUAUUGUUUUCCAUGUUACUUAAAAAAUUUGUAUUGAAUUAGACUGGGAUGUUUAGUGAAUGUAGGUAGUUGGAAAUUCUGUAAUUCCAAUAGAAUGAUAACGGGAAUUUUUGAAAUGAAUUGAAAUAUUCAAUGAAUGUUGGUAUCACGUUGUUGUUUUGA